UCUUAACACAUCAGUGAAUUAGAAUUUAAUUCAAAUUAUUACUCCACUGCACACAAAUUGUAUUAUUCGUGUUUACUGUGGAAGAGUUUCGACAAAUUUUUAUGGAAAACAGUGAAAAUAUGAUGGGGAAAUAUGAGCCCAGGAAGCUUGUAACGAUUGAAUUCAAUUGCCAUUGAUCACUGAUCAAAAACCAGACAGAGGUGACUGAUUAAAUGUUAUCAAAAUGUUGCCAAAGCAGAGUACAAGUAGUGGAAUGGAUGAAGAUAAUCUGUCCAACGGUCACACAACCGAAUCGUCAGAACCAAAGACUUCCAGCGAUGCGGCGCAAUCUCUGGAAACCAGACAAGGAAUUGUUGAAAAUGGGACCGCAUCGAGCUCAGGCAAUGAGGACUCUACAGGGCAAUUUGCUGAAAACGUAGCUGAAAAUAAUGUUUCAAAAGUACCCGAAGCGGAAAGCGUGCGGGGUAAGAGCAAAAUGAAAAUAGCAAAUUCAUCGGCUCCGGAGGCUGAGCAGUAUGAUGAGAGAGAUUCAGAUCCGGAUGAAGUUGAUUGUGCUAGAAAUUUGAGAUACUCUUGCCAGAACGGCGAUACCAAAGAUUUCAAUGAAUUACCAUCUUCAUCGAAAUAUCAUUACGAGGAACAAUCUAACGUGGAUGGUUUGGAAGAUGCGAAACGAGUGUUAGGAUCGCGUAGAUUUUUCAUGGGAAAUUCAGUUCGUCCCUCUGAUAAUUGUAACGAAGAAUCGCCGUGUUAUUCACAGUCAUUCGACUGUCCUCGCAAACAUUCCCCGUCCGGUAAAUCCGGAAUAAAGAAGAAAGAAUCGAUGCGUAAAAAUCGACAAAGUAACAGCGUUGAGUACAGGUCGGAUUACGAAAAAGAAUGUGGUAAUUUACGAUCGACUAAUGCCCUCUCCUUAUCGCUCGAAGAUCCUCACAGUUCGACGGAGAGCGUGGAAGGAGAAAGAUCAAACGCAGCGCUUUACGAAUUGGCUGCUAGAUGCGAACGCACCAAUGGAAAAAAUGUUGAAAUUGAUAUUUCUCUGCCAUCCUCAUCAAACUCUUCGAACAUCGAACACAUGCCUGGAAAUUCGCAGGAUGAUACCAGCCCGUUGAAUCUUAAAAAACCGUUCAAACUGCCGAGUCUCGUUAAUUUACUCCAAGUGGCAAAAGCUCAGCAGCGGAUAGAUCUAGCAGAAAAUGCUUCGGCGUUGGCAGAAGGCUCUUCGGUCAACGAUCACGAAUUGGACGAUGGGACGACGGGUUUGGAAAUCGAGCCAGGAUUGUCUUAUAGCAGCGAGGGCAGCAACUCGGACACCGAAUCUCAAAGGGUCUCGAAACCUCAUCAAAAUCAAGUGAAAAUUAAAAACAAAGUUGUUCAUCGUCGCGAGCGUCAGGAGCCCGUUGAAUAUUACCAAUUAUGGAGAAGUACAGGUGGUCCGUCAGCUCCGGAACCACUUUACCAUACUUUGUACUCGAACCCUCCGCCUUUGCCGCCAAGAAUGACACACAAAAUAUUACAACGGCGGAACGCGGUGAUGGAUGGUUUACCGGAAUCGGCAACGCGUCAUCAACAAAAGCACUCGGCGCCGUGUCGGCCCGAAGAUUGUUUUGGUUUUGAAAUUGUCGACGUUGAUGAAACGGCAGCUUUAAAAGCGCGAACGGCUAUUACGAAAAGUAUUGCACUUUUAAGUUCGCCACGAACUCAUAAGCCACUGGUGAGACCAGAACCAGCUCUUAUAAAUCAAGGCGAAUGUCCGCCAACACCGACUCACCGUCCGAGGCCUCUGCCAGUUUGUCCUUCUUCGAACGCCUCUCUUACGUCCGAAGAACCGCUUCCACCAUCCUGGGAAGCAAGGAUCGAUAGUCACGGUCGAGUUUUUUACAUUGAUCAUGUGAAUCGUACAACGACUUGGCAACGACCGGGUUUGGCACCUCGUAACACUGGCUGCGAAAUGAGACGUCAGCAGCUUGAUCGAAGAUACCAGAGCGUACGUCGUACGAUAUCACGUUCGGACAAUAUAGAUCGAGAUACUCCGAGUGCGGUUAACACGAGCCAGCCGGAAAAUGGUGAAGGAACAAGCGAAAGAGUCGCUGCUCCUAGUAACGAAACUUGUGACAUUGCCAACAUCAGCCCCGUUUUGUUUUUAUCGAGGCCUGAUUUUUUCACCGUUCUUCAUACCAACAUGGAAGCACUUGAAUUUUACAAUCGUAAUCCGAGCUUGAAACACAUGAUUGGAAGAAUUCGACGAGAUCCCAUGGUUUUUCCGAGAUACGAGCACAAUCGAGAUUUGGUUGCUUUGGUCAACUUUUUUGCCGAUCCUACGAAGGAUCUCCCUCGGGGAUAUGAAUCCAAACUCGACCGUACUGGAAAGAAAUUUUUCAUCUGUCACGCUCGAAAAACGACGUCUUUCAUCGAUCCAAGAUUACCGACUGAGGCAACCCAUCCUCGGACUCAUCUCGACGAAGCUCCUGUGCCUCCACCGAGACCUCAACAAUCGGGUAUUACGACAACGACAGAAAUACCGAUUGCCUACAAUGACAAAGUUGUGGCUUUUCUGAGACAGCCAAAUAUAAUGGAUAUUUUGAAAGAGCGUCACGGAGCUCUGGGCCAAAACAUUGCACUCAGAGAAAAAGUCAACACGAUUAGGGUCGAGGGGUCUGCAGCAUUGCAACGUUUAGGCCACGAUGUACCUCUCGCACUCUUACUCAGUUUGUUCGAGCAGGAAAUAAUGUCGUACAUUCCGGGCAACAUUGGCAGAUCUCCUCUCGGGAGUCCUCACGCUUCACCCGGUUUGGCAAGAGCUUCGGCUCGAGCCCCGGCUCCUUACAGGAGAGAUUUCGAGGCGAAGCUUCGUACAUUUUACCGGAAACUCGAGAGUAAGGGUUUCGGUCAAGGACCUGGGAAAUUGAAAUUGCACAUAAGAAGAGAGCAUUUGUUGGAAGAUGCGUUUACUCGUAUAAUGGCGGCAUCGAAAAAGGAUCUUCAGAAGGGAAAGCUCGUCGUGAUAUUCGAUCACGAGGAGGGCUUGGAUUACGGUGGACCGUCACGUGAAUUUUUCUUUCACCUUUCUCGGGAAUUGUUCAAUCCUUAUUACGGUUUAUUCGAAUAUUCAGCAAACGACACUUAUACCGUGCAGGUGUCACCGAUGUCAGCAUUCGUCGACAACUAUCACGACUGGUUUAGAUUUUCCGGUCGUGUAUUGGGUCUCGCUUUGGUGCAUCAGUAUCUGCUGGACGCUUUUUUCACAAGACCAUUUUACAAAGCGUUGUUGAGAGUGCCGGCGAGUCUGAGUGAUUUGGAAAGUCUGGAUCAGGAAUUUCAUCAGAGUUUGAUGUGGAUAAAAGAGCGUGACAUAAGCAUCGAACCCUUGGAAUUGACUUUCUCCGUAACCGAAGAACUUUUGGGACGCGUUGCCGAACGCGAGCUCAAACCGGGAGGUCGAAACAUCACGGUUACGGAGAAAAAUAAAAAGGAAUAUAUCGAGCGCGUUGUACGAUGGCGUCUCGAACGCGGCGUUUCCGAACAGACCGAAUCCCUCGUACGUGGCUUCUACGAAGUCGUCGAGCCGCGUUUAGUCUCGGUUUUCGAUGCACGAGAAUUGGAAUUGGUUAUCGCCGGCGCAGCUGAGAUCGAUCUCAACGAUUGGAGGGCACACACUGAAUAUCGCAGUGGUUAUCACGACGGUCAUCCCGUUGUCGAGUGGUUCUGGAGCAGCAUCAGUCGUUUUACUAACGAGCAAAGAUUACGGCUUUUACAAUUUGUCACUGGCACUUCAAGCAUUCCUUACGAGGGCUUUGCCGCGCUUCGAGGAUCUACGGGCCCGAGAAAAUUCUGCAUCGAAAAAUGGGGUCGGCCUAAUAGUUUACCGAGAGCUCAUACGUGUUUCAACAGAUUGGAUUUGCCACCGUAUCCGACGCCUGAAAUUUUAUACGAGAAGCUCCUACUAGCGGUUGAGGAAACAAAUACCUUUGGGAUUGAGUAAGAUUAUCGUCGUUUAUAAUGAUCGUGGCUGGAUACACAAUAACUCCUCGGAAUGCUCCUCGGUUAACAGCCCAGGUUAACAGCUAGUCGAAUAAUGAUUACGUGUAGAUAUCAAGUUGUACAUAAUUAUUUUAUUUCGACGAUUAUUUCACCGUUGCGUUAUUAUGCGAGAGCAUGUUUUCAGAGUUACAAAAGAAGGAAAAAACUAAUAACUCUUGUUCGACGAAAGAAAACAAAUAUUUAUUUAUUUUUAAGUACAUCCAAGCCAAUAAUUAUUUUUAUCAGUGGGCAUUCUAAUAUCUUGACUACCGAUUUCAUCGUUUUUCGUAAAACAAAUUUCAUCCGAUGGAAUAUACGUUCAAUAAUCUCUAGGCGUUUUUCAUACUCAGAAGAUAAAUCAAUACAAAAUUUACACUUCAUCUUCACCAUGCAUUAUUCAUGCAGAAUAUUAAGUAUACGAAUACAAUUAAUUUUAUUAUAAAGUGUAUUAUGUUUCACGCAAGUGUACAACUUUUCGAAUGAAAGUUUAACUUUAUCGGAAUUGUGAAUCUUGAUAAGUUGAAGUGAUAUACUCUCGAAGCAUUUGCUCACCGUUUAUUCCUUCGAUUUCAAAGUUAUGGGAAUUCUGUCCAAAAAGUAGUAUACGAGUGAGCAACCGAUUGAUAUAAAUAUAUAUAUGUCAUUCUGAACUAGAAUUUUUCUCGUCUUUGACUGUCUAAAAAUACGGAGCUUUUUUUAAAAUCUAUACGCAGCCCGAAAGCCCAUCUCGGACUGAAUCUUUUGGCGAGGUCUCGUGCUAUGGCUAAAUUUUAUUUUCAAUACGUGAAAGUCGUCAUCGCUGAGGAUUUUAUCGACGAACUUUGCAAUGUUUUUAUGAGAAAUUUAUUGUUAUUUUUUCUCUUGUGAAGCUCCGAUUAGCGAACAAAAAAUAACUUGCUUCGAAGAUGGAAUAUUUAAAGAACUUUCAACAGAAAAUGCUCAUUCGCUGAUUAAUGUUAGACGCAUUUAUUCAGUCCGAUGUUCAAUAAUAAACGCACUCAAACUAUUUGAUAAAGUGAUGGAAGAUGCUCGAUUGUACGGAAAAUAGAAAACGAAAAGUUGUAAUUGGGUUUGAAAAAAUUGUUGAUUGGGAGGUCCAGGAAGUUUUGAAACCGUAUUUUUGGACAGUGGAAACUGGAAAAGGCUCUAUUAACACGGAUCCUAAUUUAUUUGUAUGGGAAGAUAAAGUUGGAUAGUGUCAAGUGUAAUUCGCGAUUGGCAUUGAAAAUGCAAACAAGCCCCCGUUUUACUCGGGGCAAUUGUUUAUAAUAUUAAAAUUCGUUUAUAAGAAAAAAAAUAAGCAAAUGUACAGUGUACGGGUCGAUAUUGAGUCGUAAAGUAAUUGGCAGAGAACGCUCGCUGAUUUGUAGCGGUUCGAGUGUCAUUUAUAAUUGAUUUAUUUCGAAGUAUUAUUGUAUCAAUGAUUCGUUUCGAAAUACUUUGUCAAUUGUUUCCGUCACACCAUCAAAGUUUCAUGGCUCGAGCAACGAUUUUCAAAAUAUUAUCAAAAUCAUUCUUUCAAAAUAGUAUUUCAUUGAGCGAAUUUAUGUGAAGGAUCGAUUUAUCUUCCGCACUGUCGUAUACACACGCCCAAAGUUAGUGCCGUGUUUGAGCCUUGAAUACGCGUCGUGGUAAAGUUCGAUAAAAUGAAAAUCUAGUUCGUACGAUAAUCAUUAUAAUUUCUUCACGCUCGUUUGCCUAUCACGGUUCAUUGAUAUUAUUGUAAUCGGCCACAAUUGUUUAAAACACAAAAGUAAUAAAGAAUAUGGCCCCGCGCCUACGCUUCACCUCAAAUAAUCCGUAAAACAGGCAAAAAUUAAUAAAAAUCGCGUUUCUAAGCUUCAUACAUUCGAUAGAAUCUAAUCGCGGAGAAUCGAACGUUUCACUGUUAUAAAAAAGCGCAUUUCGCGAUGCUCCAAACUGCCACGAUCGAGUACCCGUUCGUACGUCGAUAUUUCUAACAAGUUCCAUACAUUCGGACUUGUUUUUAUUGCUAGAAAAAGCACUUGUACGAGUAUAUACAUACGAAUAUAUACGCGAUAAUAAUAACGAUUCGAUUGACCGAAAUUUUCGACUCAUUGAUGAGAAUAUACGUAAGGAAAUAUAUCGAAAUGAAUAUCGAGCGUUCGUUUUCACCUUUCAUCACAGCCGAGCAAAAAAACUUGAAAAAAAAAGCAAAUCAACGCAUAAUACGUAAUGAAAUUACGAUAAUAAUAUUCCGCGUAAUCCAAAUGUCAACAGUUUUUCCAACAGACUUUUUUAGCUGAUGGAAAAGGUGAAAUAAUCAUGAUUAAUUAAAAUUCAUCACUUCGUGUAUGAUUUAACGAAAUUUUAUUAUUUAUCGCUGUUAAUAUACGAGCGCGUAGAAUUUUGUAUUGAAAAAUGAAUAACGCAGCAAAUUUAGCAGCGAACAUUCUCGAACGAGUCGGUAAUUUAUUUAGGAUAAUCUUCGAUAUUAAAGUAAAUGAAAAAAUGCAUUUGCAACGAAAUGAUCAUUCCACAUUUUGCGUACGAUUGAUCGGGCGAACGAGAAUCGUCGACGAUAUUUUCGAGCACAAUUCACUCAUUUUUUUACUAGUUUUAAUGAAUUUGUUUUUUAAUAUUGACACUCCGGUCGAUGAUUCGCGAUCGACAAUGAAAAUCAUCGUACAAUGAAUAACUCGAAAGUAGUUUAUCGAUCCAACAGAUAAGAGCAAAGCAGCGUGGAUUUUUUUUCGAAAUAAGCAGCCAACGAAAGUUUCACAAUAUUUGCGAUUCAGUCUUAAAAGCCUAGUCAUGUUUAGACAGUAGGACAAAUUUCAGUCUGUAGAAAUCCAGGAAUAUAUUAUUGCUCGCAAAGGAAGAAACGUUCGAGUAGAUUAUUCGUAAAUCUGCUCAAAAUAUUAUCAUUAUAGUAUACACGAUUGUUGAAAAAAAAUGUUCAAUUAUUUAUUCCAAAUACCAUAUUGUUGCAAUGAAUAAAUGCAUUUUUGUUACAUAGAA